AUGUCGUCAGCAGGACCCUCUGCAUUACGGUCACAGAAAGGGUUAUUGACGCGUUAUUGUAACAACCUUAAGCACUUAAUAGACUCGAAACACAGGCUUUUGUGUUUGAACUUACAAGACACCUCCGAUUUAGUUUACAGUACACUCAGCUUGUUUACCAGCACUGUCGACGCGUUGGAAGAUGCCUUGGACGAAGAGCAAGAAAAACAGGUGGCGCAAUACAUUGACACCGCUCACAGUGCAAUUGAUCGCGCAAAUAGACUAUCGAUUCAGCUGACCGCCCGACUACGGUCUGCACGCGGUCAACAAAGCAUCGGAGGGGACGCAAUGAAUUCGCCACCGGCAAACCUAACACUGGCGCAACCUGAUAUAGGGAUUCUUACAACCAGCGCAACCAAGACUGCCACCAAUACCGAUCCCGAGAUUCUCAGGAAAGGUAUGGGAGUUCAAAAACUUUUGGAGGAUUUUUUAGCUAACGUUCAUGACCAACCGUUGACAAAUCUGCAAACAUUCAACUAUCUGCUUCAUUCGCUUCAAGGAGAAGCCAGGGACGUAAACAAACGUUAUGCUGUUAAUGACGAUAAUUACGAAGACGCCAUAAGUCCUUUAACAGACGAAGUACGGAGACAGCUCCAAAUUGAUAGACACCUUACAGCGCGUCUAGAAAGCGCAAAAGCAGAUAGUCCGGGGAUUCGCUCCCAAAGGCGCCUGUUGAAUAUCUCAUUCCCACAAUAUCACAACUGGAGAAGGAACAGUUCUCGCCAAGUUCAAGUACAUCUCUUCAACGGACAGUACUCACGACAUCUUCUCUCCAAGAACAUCAGCGAAGCAGAAUGGAGAAUGCAGGACGCCAUAACUCUUCUUGAUCAGCUGAUCAACACAGAGGAACGCAUCAAUGACAUGACAGCGAGAGACACCAGGAACACCAGGGACAACGAUGCACCUACACGGCCUAGAGAUGUUCCGAAGCAAAACUCCAAGACAUUCGAAUGUAUGUUUUGUGCCUCACAAUUUCAUAAGUCGUCAGUGUGCACCUGA